AUGGCAGUGGGCAAGAACAAGUGCCUUACAAAAGGCGGCAAAAAGGGAGCCAAGAAGAAAGUAGUUGAUCCAUUUUCUAAGAAAAAUUGGUAUGAUGUGAAAGCACCAACUAUGUUCAAUAUAAGAAAUAUUGGAAAAACACUGGUCAGGAAAACUCAAGGAACCAAAAUCGCAUCCGAUGGUCUCAAGGGUCAUGUUUUUGAAGUGAGCCUAGCUGAUCUGCAGAAUGAUGAAGUUGCAUUUAGAAAAUUCAAGCUAAUUACUGAAGAUGUUCAGGGUAAAAACUGCCUGACUAAUUUCCAUGGCAUGGAUCUUACCCGUGACAAGACGUGCUCCAUGGUCAAAAAAAUGGCAGACGACGAUUGAAGCUCAUGUUGAU